CAGAGAGAGAAAGAGAAAGAGAGUAUACGUCGACAUUGUCGAGAGUGCCGAGGAGAAUUUCGUUCACCUGGACCAGCCAGCUGUUCGCUUUCCACGGCGGAAGCAGCACGAGAAGAGGCGAACAGAACGAGGGGAAGAACUGUGUGCAGUGCAGACAUGUGGCUGAAAAGCGUGCUACUAAUAUGUGGUGUCAUUGCUUGCGCGCUGGCUGACAGCUCGUCGGAUAUCGUGCAGAUAUCCGGUGGCAAUUUGGCUCGAGCAAAAAAUGUAGCGGCCACAACUUAUCAACCACCUCGAGCCAUCCCGAUUGAAGAAUUCGUGUCGUCGCACAAACUGCCGGAAAAUGUAGCGAGACCAUUGGAGGAUGACUAUUACGAUGAUUACAUCGAAGAGAAGAAAGUCGCGCUUAAGGACAACAAGCACUCCAAGAAAGUCAUCCCGAAGUUCGAGAACGUCGAGAAGAAGCCGGCUGUCCUCGAGCCUGUCAGACGCUUAGACUCGGCCGAGGAGGACGACUUCGAGAGCCUCACCGCUAAAAGACAAGCACGAGUGGAGCUCGAAAAUUUCAGCGACACUGGAAAGGUCUUGCAAGAGGAAAGAAUAAGAAGAGUUGAUUCUAGGAGACCGCGCCCGAGCGAACAGGACGAAGUUAUUCCGGGUGUCUACGUCAGUGCCGAAUAUCCAACAACAAUGCUACCGGUUCUGACAACUCCGCGCGAAGCACGUGGCAAAGACAGCUCCUUUGACUUCGUCCCCGUAAAUAUUAUUCGCGAAGAUAACAAGGAUGGUUUCGCGCGUUUCUCCGACGCAAACUUUGGCGACUUAAGCGAUGUGAGCUUGGUACCGGCUGGUACAAAUUCUCGUAUUCAGGUGAAGAAGGGGCCGAACGGCAAGGACUACGAAUACGAAACGACUUCCGCGCCCAGGAGAGGCGGUACCGCUGGCAACAGGAGCAAGUACAACACUGUGGAGAGGUCGAGCACCGUGGAGCCUAGCAACAAUGAGGUCAUACCAAACAGAAACGGUAACAGAGGUAGGCAACUCGUCGAGGCUGAGGACGUCUCUGAGGAGAGAUUGCCAGCGAACACUCGCUUCCCACCGAGAUCUCGAUCGAAUCACAACACGGGCACAACGGAACCCUCGCGAGCGCGCGGCAACCGACCACGACCGAGUCUAGACUUGGUCGAUUCCAGCAGCUUUCGAACUCAUCAAGAGGGCCCCGAGUUCCCACCAACUUUACCGAAAGGACCGGUCAGAUUUCUGGGAGUUACCCCUAACGAAGAUAACGAGGAGAAACCGCUGAUCAGAAGCCGCGGUAGACCGCAGAGGGUUCAAGAGCCAGCUCCCGUCGAAGAAACAGUGGACGACACACCGACGCUUACUAACAGAAGGCGACCGACCUCCACCGCAGCGCCCGAGACCGGAGUGGAACUGAGCAGAGGUCAACCGGUGCGCUCCAGCGCGGAAGAUGACGAAGAGGAGACUGUUGCCCCAGAAAAAUCCGGCAUUAAGCGUAUAUCAUUCGAAGAUAAGACACAGGAUUCCGGCGAGACAGAAACCUCACCGAUCUCCUCCAGCACAGCCGCCGACACCACGGAUAAUCCAACGACGGAAUAUCCGUCGGCCAUGGACAAGGUCGCCCUGGAUCUCUACGCUUUCCUACAGCAGGGACAAAGUAACCUGAUAGAUGCGUCCAGCAGUGAAGUAGGUGAGACAGGAGACAGCACGACGCUUCCUGACGAUGAGAUUACAACUGACGAUGCGGUUACGACGACGGAACUCUCUGCGACUACAAUCACCACGGAAUCCACGAGCACCACCACGACGACGACGACGACCACCACCACGACCGAGCCGACGACCACGACUACUACGACAACGGAACCACCAACUACCACGACUCAAGCUCCUGUCGGAAGAGGAAAAUUCCGACGACCAGGAAUAGGCGGUCCGGCUAUCUCAAGGAACCGUUUCAAGUCCAACGGUGCCAGCACAACUACCGAGGCGCCUGCAUCUGAACCGACUCAGAGAAGCCGAACGCGUUUCGGCGGUAACGGUUCGAACGGCGGCGGUGGCUUCAAACGACCGCGACCAGCCGGUAGCCACAAACCCAUCGAGGAGGACACCGUGCAGAAGGAAACGUCCAAUACAGCGAACGCGGAAAAACCGGGCCCCGGUCGCGGCAGAUUCCGUGCACCCGCUGGAGGCAGAAACGCCGUUUCGACGACGACAUCGCCGCCGUCAAACGGCGCCUCGCCAACAUCGAACGGCGCCGCGGGAGCAGCCCGGCCGACUUUCAACAAGUUGAACAUCAACCGCAGACGCGGACGACCUACUACAGCCUCGCCGGCAAGCGAGGAGACCCAGGAAGCGACACAUUCCGAAACUAGCCAGACGGUCGCCCAGACUGCGCCAGAAACCGCGACGAGCUCCGCUCCGAAGUCCGUCGCGCGAACGAGACUUCCUGGUACUGCACCCGCCAUUAGACCUGCGAUUCGACCGGGCGCCAGGGUCAACUUGAGGCAGAAACCGGGACAGACUACGACUACGACGACACUCGCGCCGGAAGCUGCCGACGCGUCCAUCGAGGAGCCGGCCGGAGAAGGAACCGAGGAGGAGACUCACGAGGCACCUGCGGAAACUAGCUCGCCGCCAGCGCGAGCUACCACAUCGAAUCCCCUGAACAAGCUUCGCAACCGCAACCGAUUGCAGGUGCAUCCAAAGACGACGACGAAGGCGCCAGCAUUAUCACCGGCGAUUAGAAGAUCACCGCUGCUGCCGCGACGCAAGGCGACCGAGGCACCGGUAGCUCAAUCGAGCCAGGAAGACGUCGCCUCCGAAGAAGAGGUCAUUUCCGACGAAACAGAGUCGACCGAAGCAAUCUCCGCCGAGACCAGCACGGCGGCCAGCACGAAGCACGAGGAGACACGAGGUCUGAGCGGCCUCCUGGCUCCUCGACGUAGGAUACCGGUGCGACGUCCAGGUCAGAUAGUCGCUCGGGAAUAAAGAACAACGAGUGUUUACGCUCUGGACGAGUCUAGAUUCCUGGAUAAGUCUAGAGCUCCAAGAUACGUGUGGCUCCAGCGGCAAUUGAGAUACGAGGAUGAAGGAGGAUAAACUAAGUAUCCUGCUGCUCCUUAGAAACAGAAACUCUCCUUAGAGAGAUAAACUAGGUAUCCUGUUGCACUAGACACCGUUUACCAUUUGUAGAGAGAAACAGGUCCUUUCCUCGUUCUCUCUUAUUAAAUUCUCUUUUUUAUAUCUUUCCUCAACGACUAGACAACAGCAUCUUGUGCGUUAUGACGAGAAGACGAAUGUAUAUAGUGUCGUUUACAAGACCUUUCCGAAGGAUGACGUUUGUAAUGGUACUUUGAUCGCAUUUGAAAUGGCGUGAUUGAGAUACACGAUGACAUUACGAUGGAACAGCAUCUAUGAUGAUAUACAUGGUAAUAGCAAAUUGAGACGAAGGAAUAUUUUCGAAAGAUUCAUUGGAUAUCUCGCGUCUCGCGGAGUAUCCUCACAAUAUUUUCAAAAUAUUCUCAGAACAUUAGCAAAAUCACUGGGCUUUACACAUAAACAAGAGCAACGAACGAAUACGAUGUUUGAAUCAGUGCUUUUCGAUUGAUAUUUCGAUGUUUCACGAAAAGUUCUCUAGAAAAAAUAAAUUUUUCUGUAAUUUUAUAAUUUUUCUGUAUUUUAUGUUGUAUGUGUUAAUGAAAAUGCGCAUGUACUUUGUUUUAAUUAUAGUAUGUAGAUUAAUGACUAAUCUUUAAUGUGUAAUAGAGACGCGCAUAAUAUAUGUGCAUUCAUUUAUACACAAAUUUAAACACGUCCCGUAACACACGUUUCUUUUGCGUAACACGUCAAAUUGCUUUGUCAUCAGAUUUAUCAUUAAUCGAGAAAGAAAGUUGAGAAGCAUUGAUACAGAUGAGAAGCAUUGAUGCAGUUAUUUUUUAAGACAGAGUGAAGGUCAUUAAUUUUCUUUUCUUUAUUGUUUACUUAGAUUAUAGUAUUAGAUUACAAUUUAUUUUUAGAAUUUAUUGUUUACUCAAAUUAGAAAUAUCAGUCGCGAAGUAAUAGUGUAGGUCAAUUGCAUAUGGAUUACGUGUAGAUAUUCGACGUUGAUACGAUUAUCUUAUCUCGUCAACUCGGUCAUACGUUCGAUACGAUCCUUCUCCUAAUUACGAUAACAAGUUACAUAAAUGUCUGAACAUCACGACUAGGGCUACUUGUGCAAUUUUCAAUUUAUCUUACACGCUGAAUCCGCGCGUACUACAUACAUAUAUGUAAAGUUAAAAAUGUAGUAAACCUAGUAAUUAAACUAUAAUAUUGAUAAUUCACAAUAUAGAUGCGCGCGUUCAGAUAUCUCAAUAUACUGUAACUAUCGUUUAUUUCGAUAACUAUAACUAUAUAUCGUCUAUUUAAAUCGGUGAAUUUUAUUUAAUAAUUAGUGCUUGCGAUGUUAUAUUGAAAUAUUAUCUUUAACGCGAUCUAUGCAUAUAUAUGUAUUCACAUACGUAAUGCUAUCUGUAUUUCUCUUCCGACAUCAUAUUUUUAGGACUACUAUUGCGUGCGCGAUGCGUAUGAAUACUUUUGUAAUUACAAUGACCCACACACAAGAUACACUGUAAAUAUUGCAAUUAAACAUAUGUAAAACUAAA